GAUGGAUGUGGCCAUACUGUCCUAGGCCCUGAGAGUGGAACCCUCACAUCCAUCAACUACCCGCAGACCUACCCCAACAGCACGGUGUGCGAAUGGGAGAUUCGCGUGAAGAUGGGGGAGAGAGUGCGCAUCAGAUUCGGCGACUUUGACAUUGAAGAUUCUGAUUCUUGUCACUUUAAUUACUUGAGAAUUUAUAAUGGAAUUGGAGUUAGCAGAACUGAAAUAGGCAAAUACUGUGGUCUGGGGUUGCAAAUGAACCACUCAAUUGAAUCAAAAAGCAAUGAAAUUACAGUGCUGUUCAUGAGCGGAAUCCAUGUUUCUGGACGAGGAUUUUUGGCCUCCUACUCAGUUAUAGAUAAACAAGAUCUAAUUACUUGUUUAGACACUGCAUCCAGUUUUUUGGAACCUGAGUUCAGUAAGUACUGCCCAGCUGGUUGUCUGCUUCCUUUUGCUGAGAUAUCUGGAACAAUCCCUCAUGGAUAUAGAGACUCCUCGCCAUUGUGCAUGGCUGGUGUGCACGCAGGCGUGGUGUCAAACGUCCUGGGCGGCCAGAUCAGUGUUGUCAUCAGCAAAGGCAUCCCGUACUAUGCAAGUUCUCUGGCCAACAACGUCACGUCCGUGGUGGGACACUUGUCUACCAGCCUUUUUACAUUUAAGACCAGUGGGUGUUAUGGAACGCUGGGGAUGGAGUCUGGCGUGAUUGCCGAUCCGCAGAUAACAGCGUCGUCUGUGCUGGAGUGGACUGACCACACAGGCCAGGAGAACAGCUGGAAGCCCGAAAAGGCCCGGCUGAAGAAGCCCGGCCCUCCAUGGGCUGCGUUUGCCACUGACGAGUAUCAGUGGUUACAAGUAGACCUGAACAAGGAGAAGAAGAUAACAGGCAUUGUAACGACCGGCUCCACCAUGGUGGAGCAUAAUUACUACGUGUCGGCCUAUAGAAUUCUCUACAGUGAUGACGGGCAGAGAUGGACUGUGUACAGAGAGCCUGGUGUCGAGCAGGAUAAGAUAUUUCAAGGAAACAGAGAUUAUCACCAGGAUGUGCGGAAUAACUUCUUGCCACCGAUUAUCGCACGUUUUAUCAGAGUGAAUCCUACCCAGUGGCAGCAGAAAAUUGCCAUGAAAAUGGAGCUGCUUGGAUGUCAGUUUAUUCCUAAAGGUCGUCCUCCAAAACUUACGCAACCUCCACCUCCUCGGAACAGCAAUGACCUCAAAAACACUACAGCCCCUCCAAAAAUAGCCAAAGGUCAUGCCCCCAAAUUUACUCAGCCGCUACAACCUCGCAGCAGCCACGAACUCCCUGCGCAGACGGAGCAGACGACCACGGCCCCUGACGUCAGGAACACCACCGUGACCCCACACGUGACCAAAGAUGUCGCCUUGGCUGCAGUACUUGUCCCCGUGUUGGUCAUGGUCCUCACCACGCUCAUCCUCAUCCUCGUGUGCGCUUGGCAUUGGAGGAACAGAAAGAAAAAAACUGAAGGCACCUAUGACUUACCUUACUGGGACCGGGCAGGCUGGUGGAAAGGAAUGAAGCAGUUUCUCCCUGCCAAGGCAGUGGAACAUGAGGAGACCCCAGUUCGCUACAGCAGCAGUGAAGUUAACCACCUGAGUCCCAGAGAGGUCACCGCAGUGCUGCAGGCCGACUCGGCAGAGUAUGCACAGCCGCUCGUGGGAGGAAUUGUUGGCACCCUUCAUCAGAGGUCUACCUUUAAACCAGAAGAAGGAAAAGAGCCAGGCUACUCGGACCUCGAUCCUUACACCUCCCCUGGGCAGGAGGUCUAUCACGCCUACGCGGAACCGCUCCCGGUGACGGGGCCCGAGUACGCAACCCCCAUCGUCGUGGACAUGUCGGGGCUCCCCACAGCUCCGGUCAGCCUGCCCUCCACGUCCACCUUCAAAGCUGCGGGGAGCCAGGCUCCCCCUGGAGUGGGAACGUACAACGCUCUUCUCUGCAGGACUGACAGCUGCUCCUCGGCCCGGGCCCAGUACGAUACCCCAAAGGGUGGGAAGCCGGGUCCAAGUGCCCCGGACGAAUCGGUGUACCAGGUGCCACAGAGCGCGCAGGAGGGGUCGGGAGCAGGGAGGAACGGCGAAGGCGAUGUUUUCAAAGAAAUCCUUUGAAGGUGAUGCUGCUUUGUACAAAGCAUCGUUUUAAAGCACAUGGCCUCUUUUUUGUAUUAGUGGUAGUAAUAUAGAAUGUACUACAUAUCUGUCACGGAUGUGGGUGGGGGGAGAGGUAAUGUCCGAGGUACAAGAAACUACUAAUCUUGCCAUCUUGCUUUAAAAGCGUUAUUGGGGCACAGUUACUGCUUGCCUGUUAAAUUUUGAACAUCCUGUUGGUUACUACUGUAAAACACUAUUUUUAAUACAGAAAAAGCUUCCUACUAUGCACUUCAAAGAAAUUGCAAUCACUGAGAGUGAGUAUUUCUUACCAGUGCUGCAGGUACAUUGGUGAACUCCAGACAGCUCUGCAAGGCUGACUGGCAGCAACACAUGGUACUGUUCUCGAGAUGCUGAUGGCUUGCAACU